AUGUCGGACGCCUUGCCUGCUUGUCCUUAUGGUGAAAAAUGUUAUCGCAAGAACCCUCAACAUCUAAAGGACUUCUCGCACCCUUCAGCAACUGUCCCAAAUCCCACCACAACAACAACAAAUAAUGAUACCGCUGCUACAACUCGCCCAAAACGUAAAACUGUCGCCUCAAGCGCUGUGAAGGACGAUGAAGAUGAAGAUACUGAUGUGGAAGACGACGAAGAACAACAAGCUCGGCCUUCCAAAAAACCCAAAAAGUCUGAUGCUGUACAGCCACAAGCCGCAUCAUCUCCACCUAUAGCUUCGAAAGCUGACGAUUCUGAAGAUGGAAUGGUCGAAGAGAAUGGAGUAUUAAUAUUCAAAGGGCUGAAGCCCAAACGAGAAUUGCAAGAUGGAGACAAAUUAGAUGUGUCAUCACAGUCUUCGUCAUCCGUAUAUCACUUAAAACGUACUUCAGACCAUUACUACUGUACCUGUCCCGCUUGGAGAAAUAAUGGUGGUCCAACGGACGCCAGAACUUGCAAACAUCUGAAGGAAACUUUGGGUGAAGCUUAUGAAACUGCUCGACUAUCUUACAAGCUGGGCGAUGCUUUCGUCAACGCCAAGUCAUCACCAGCUGGAAAAGGAAAGAAGGCAGCAGCCAGCUCUACAAAGUCCAACAAGAAAACUGUAGCUGUACUAUUGGCAAACAAAUGGGAUCUCAAUACUGGUAAGGAUCCAACAGGAUGGUGGAUGUCCGAAAAGCUCGAUGGUGUGAGGGCUUUCUGGGAUCAUACCGAACAGAAGUUCUACAACUUCCCGAGAGACCAGUCUUGGGAUGGUGAACUUUUCGGUGGAAGAAACCAAUUUUCGGCCACAGUGUCAGUAGUUAAGACUAUCAACUCGAAGCUGUGGGAUACUAUUACGUAUCAGAUCUUUGAUUCUCCGAGCUUGGGAUCACAGCCAUUCGAAGAUCGAGUCAAAGCAAUCAAGGCGUAUGUUGCCAAACAUAAUCCAAAGACUGCGCGAGUCGUUGAACACACGAUAUGCAAAUCUCGUGAUCAUCUCUUUGAGUAUCUGAAGGAGGUAGAGAAGCUGAAGGGAGAAGGGCUAAUGCUCAGAAAACCUGGGAGCUUAUAUGAGCCUAAACGAAGCAGCACUCUCCUCAAAGUCAAGACAUUUUACGAUGCCGAAGCAAAAGUGGUUGGGUACGAACCUGGCAAAGGCAAACACGCAGGUCGUGUUGGUUCUCUGAAAUGUGAAAUGGAAUCUGGAAAGAUGUUCUCUUGUGGUACUGGUCUGUCGGACAACGAAAGGGACAAGCCUCCAAAGAUUGGAGCAAUCAUUACAUAUCGUUUUCAGGAACUUACACCAGACAAGGUUCCUAGAUUUCCCAGCUACAUAGGAGUACGACUCGAUGCUCUUUCGGCGAAAGAUGCAGUGAUUGAACGAGCCGGUGGUGGUGAUGAUGAGGAGCAAGAAGCAGAUGUGUAG